AUGGAUGACAUGGAGUAUGACGAUGCCAAUCACCGUGACAUGGAAGAAGAAGUUCCUGAAGAGGAAUUAGAGGAGGAAAUACCGACUGAGGAUUUGUAUGAAGGGGGAGAUGAUACUGUUGAUGAAGAUAAUAAGCUGCAAAUUCUUGAUGAAUCGCAUAAACAGCCUAAUGCAAACCGCAUCACUACGCGUUACAUGACCAAGUACGAACGUGCUCGUGUUCUAGGGACAAGAGCAUUACAGAUAUCAAUGAAUGCACCAGUUAUGGUGGAUAUUGAAGGCGAGACAGAUCCGCUUAAGAUUGCAAUGAAGGAACUACGUGAACGCAAGAUUCCCAUUAUUAUCCGUCGGUACUUGCCUGACAAUUCAUUUGAAGAUUGGAGCAUUGAUGAGCUUAUCAUUGAGUAG